GGAAGGAUUGGUACCUGGUGUGCUUGUCACUUACUGUGACAGAUGUGAACGACAAUGUACCCAAGUGGGCAAUGGAGCCCUUCCCGUUCCUGGCUGUGGUUUCCCCUGAAGCUGCAGGAGGUACUGAAGUAUACAAGCUGCUUGCUCUGGAUGCAGAUGAAGGGAUCCAUGGAGCUGUAGAAUAUUUUCUCUUGGAAGGUGGUGAAGACAGAUUUGAAGUUGAAAAGGACACUGGCUGGAUUAAAACGACGGGUUUGCCGCUGGGCAAGGACAAGGAGUAUUUACUGACUGUACUGGCAGCAGAUAAACUUGGAAGCAGAGGGUCUCCAGCCUCUGUUUCUGUAAUUGCUGGAUUUCGGCCACCACAGUUCACCAACAUAUCAUACUUUGUUUAUGUUCCUGAAAGUAUGCCAAAAGGAAAAUCCUUUCUUACAGUCACUGCUGUAUCAUAUCAAAAGAAAUCCCUGAUCUACAGUUUACUGACUAAUCCCAGUGGUCUGUUCAGUAUUGAUCAGGCAACAGGAGAUAUCAGUUUAACUCGGAGUGUGGAUUAUGAGAGUGACCAACACCAGUAUCUUCUUUUGGUCAGAGCACAGGAAAAUGAGCAGUUCAGCAGUGCAGCAGAGGUUUUGAUUGUAAUCACAGAUGUGAAUGAUUGUGCCCCCGAAUUUCAUCAGUCAAUUUACAGCAAGGUUGGUGUUCCUGAAACAGUUACUAUGACAACUGCACUUCUACAAGUGACAGCCACUGACUGCGAUUCAAAAGAGAACGCCGAAUUGCUGUAUUACACUUUGAGUCAAGACUUCAGUAUUACUUCUCAUGGUACUGUUUUUCCAGCAACACGGUUGGACUAUGAGCGACCUGACCAUCUGUAUGAGUUUAUAAUUAUGGCUGUAGAUAAAGGAGAAGAGCCGAAGACUGGGACAGCAACUGUUAGGAUCCAUGUUUCAAAUGUGAAUGACGAAGCACCUGAGUUUUCUCAGACAAUCUACAGGAGUUUUGUUUCUGAAGAUGCAGGCCCAAACACACUGAUUGCUACAGUUAAUGCCAUUGACCCUGAUGGAGAUGGUGUGACAUAUGAUAUUCUGUCUGGGAAUCAAAAAGGAAACUUUGUUAUUGACAAUAAGAAAGGGCUAGUUAGACUUCGUUCAAGUCCGUUUCCUAAGCUGCAGGGAACAGAAUAUGUACUUAAUGUCAUAGCUACUGAUGAUAAUGCCUCUGGAGGGCCCCAUUCUCUUACAAGUACUGCCCAGGUUGUUGUGAAAAUUGAUGAUGUCAACACAAACAAACCUGUCUUUCAGAAGUGUCAGUAUUAUCAGAAACAUGCUUCUGUACUGGAAAACCAGCCUUCAGGGACAGUUGUGCUGCAGGUUGAAGCUACUGAUGCUGACGAAGGAGCCAACGGUCUAGUGAAAUAUGGCUUGGUGCAGAGAGGUGGUGUCCUGCCAGCAUUUAGUAUUCAUCCUGACACAGGUGUACUGGCAACUGUUCAGGUAUUUGAUCGAGAAAAGCAGAGGGAAUAUCCUGUCACUGUGACAGCAACAGAUCAGGCAGCGGAACCGCUCACUGGAAUAUGUCAGAUAAAUAUUAUCAUCUUGGACCAAAAUGACAAUGAUCCCAGAUUUGAAAACACUCGUUAUGAAUAUUUCCUAAGAGAGGACACAAGAGUUGGGACCAGCUUUCUUCGUGUUGCAGCCCAUGAUGAUGACUACAGCUCCAAUGCUGCCAUUACAUAUUCGAUAGCAAAUGAAGAACCAAAUUAUUUACAGAUUAAUCCUACUACAGGCUGGGUGUUCGUGAACCAACCCAUAUCUCAGAAGUCAUCUAUAAUUCGAGAGAUUAUUGCUACAGAUGGAGGUAAUAGGAGUAGUAAAGUUGACCUUGCAGUAACUGUUACCAGUGCAAAAAACCAGCCUCCACAGUGGGAAAGAGACAGCUAUGAAGUUGUUAUUCCAGAGAACACGACACGAGAUGCAUCAAUUUUGACAAUCAAAGCAACUUCUGCCCUUGGUGAUCCCCGUGUGACUUACAACUUAGAAGAGGGACUUGUUCCAGAGACCAACAUGCCGGUUCGUUUCUACCUGACUCCAAACAGACAUGAUGGUUCUGCCUCAAUCCUGGUAGCUGAGCCACUAGAUUAUGAAACAACAAAGAACUUUCUGCUGAGAGUUCGAGCACAGACUGUUACUACAGUUCCUCUGGCAGCAUUCACUACAGUCUAUAUUAGUGUAACAGAUGUCAAUGACAAUGUCCCAUUCUUUACUUCACCUAUUUAUGAAGCCUCAGUAUCAGAAGGAGCUGGUGUUGGGACAUUUGUUGUUCAGGUGUCUGCCAUCGACCUUGACUUUGGUCAGAAUGGUGAGGUAACUUACUCCAUGUUACAUGACAGUAGCAGAGACUACACAUAUUUUCGCUUGGACUCAUGGACAGGUUCAAUAUACACUGCCUCAUUGUUUGAUAGAGAGAAGAAGGUGUCCUAUCUUCUAGAAGUCAAGUCAGUAGAUGGCUGUGAGUCAGCUCGACCUGGAAAACAUGGGAAGCCAAACUCUGACACUGCCUACGUGCACAUUUUUAUCACUGAUGUGAAUGAUAACAAGCCUGUGUUCACUCAGAGUGUCUAUGAAGUAAAUGUGGAUGAAGACCAGGAUGUGGGCUCAACUAUCAUUACAGUCAGUGCUAGUGAUGAAGAUGAAGGAACAAAUACUAAAUUACAGUAUCAGAUCACAGCUGGGAACACAGGAGGAGUCCUUGGUGUAGAAUCAGAAACAGGAGCCAUUUUUAUUGCCCAACCACUGGAUUAUGAAGAAACAAAAAUGUAUGAGAUUCGCAUGUUGGCCUCUGAUGGGAAAUGGGAAGACUAUGCAGUUAUCAUCAUCAAUGUCAUGAAUAAAAAUGAUGAGAUUCCAGUUUUCUUUAUCAACGAAUACUGUGGAAGUAUAAUUGAGGAACUGGAUGGAUUACCAGUCUUUGUACUUCAGGUUAUGGCAAAUGAUCCUGAUAGCGAUGCGGAUGAAGGAGAUUUGAGGUACUCACUGCAUGGGCAUGGUGCAGCUGAUACUUUCACAAUAGAUGAGAGAACAGGCAGCAUUUAUUCCAACAAGAUGCUGGAUCGGGAAGAGAGAGCAGUGUGGAGAUUUGUUGUAUUGGCUACGGAUGAAGGUGGAGGAGGACUUACGGGAUUUGCUGAUGUAACUAUUAACGUGUGGGAUAUAAAUGACAAUGCACCCAUGUUCUCCUGCAUGCCUGAUGAUUGCAAUGGGAACGUCUUGGAAAAUCCUCCUGCAGACACGUUAGUCAUGGAAAUGGGUGCUGUCGAUCGUGAUGAUCCAAAUGUAGGUCUUAAUGCUGUCCUGACCUACAGGAUAACAGAGAAUGUAAGAAAUGAGUUUGGUGCUGACAUGUUUAAUAUCAACCCCGAUACUGGUACGAUCCACGUAGUGGGGGGAAUGCUAGACAGAGAAAGGAAUGAAAAUUACUUUCUUACUGUUGAAGCAAGAGAUGGGGGAGGGCUAACAGCAACAGGCACUGCCACUAUCUGGAUUGUAGACAUCAAUGAUCAUGUACCUAAAUUCACAAAAAAUGUGUGGCAGGCAGUAAUUCCUGAAAACAGUGCCAUUGACUCAGAAGUGCUGCAGGUGUGUGCUACAGAUGCAGAUGUUGGGGAAAAUGCCAACUUAAUAUUCAGUAUCAUCAGGGGAGACCCAGAUCAGAAGUUUUAUAUUGGGAAUGACGAAGAAUGGCAAUGUGCCACUAUUCGACUGAAAAAAAAGUUGGAUUUUGAGAAUGCACAUGAAAGGCAGUUUAAUCUUACUAUUGCAGUGGAAGAUCUUGAUUUUUCUAGUAUUGCAGUGUGCCUGAUUGAAGUUGAAGACUCUAAUGACCACAGCCCAGUUUUCCUUUCCCAGUUUAUUCAGACAAGCCCUUUCUUUGAAAACAUGCCUGUAGGUACUACAGUAAGCACAGUGAGAGCUACAGACAAGGACUCUGGUUUGAAUGGGAACAUUAUAUAUUCUAUAAAGUCAGAUUCGGAUCCUAUGAGAGAGUUUGCGGUUGACCAAUAUGGUCAUGUGGUUGUGGCCAGUACACUAGAUCGUGAAGUCAUUCAGAAAUACAGUUUAAUUGUACAAGCUUCAGAUCAAGGGACACCUGCCCGCACUGGAAGUGUUACGGUUCUGAUUAACUUGCUUGAUGUUAAUGACAAUGGACCACGGUUUGAGGCACCGUAUAUGCCUGUAGUUUGGGAAAAUAUAUUGAAGCCUGAAACAGUGUCAAUGAACCAUACAUCAAAACUGCUGCAUGCGUUUGAUCCAGACAGUGAGGAAAAUGGGCCACCCUUCGUGUUUUCACUGCCACCAGAUUAUCAGAGUUCUUUGGAUUUUUCUCUUACUGACAACAGAAAUAACACAGCAACUGUAACUGCUUUGAGGUCCUUUGACAGAGAAAAGCAGAAGGUGUUUCAUCUGCCAAUAGUUAUAACAGAUAGUGGGAUUCCAGCUAUGAGCUCUACGAGCACCCUAACUAUAACAAUUGGUGAUGAAAACGACAACUGCCAUGAAUCUGGCCAUAAGGAAGUCUAUGUGUACAGUUACAAGGGAAAAUGGUCAACAGCAGUGCUUGGGGAAGUGUUUGCACCAGAUCAAGAUGACUGGGACAAUAAAACAUUUCUCUCUGAAGGAAAAAUGCUGAAGUCUUUCAGAUUAAAUCAGAAGACUGGUUCUUUGAUGAUGGUGGAUAACACUCCUCAAGGAAUAUACAACUUAAAAGUGAGAGUUUCUGAUGGAGUUUGUCCUGAUGUUAUAUCUACAGUACAAAUCCAUGUCGAAGAGCUGGAAAACGAAACCAUACAAAACUCAGCCACAGUGCAUCUAUCAAAUGUCACAGCAGAGGAGUUCAUAAGGAGAGAUGAACAUGGCAAAACGAGACAUGGCAAGUUCAAGGAAUUACUAGCAAAGAUGUUACUCACUAAGUCCAGUGAUGUCAUGGUCUUCAGUGUGAUGAACAUUGAUGGAAAACAGAUAGAUGUAAGAUUUGCAGUCCGUGAUGGCUCAGCAUAUUACAGACCUGAGAAACUGCAUGCGGAGAUGGCAGCAUUUAAAAAUGAGAUCCAGUCAACUUUACAACUGAACAUUUCACAGAUAGACGUAGAUGAAUGUAGGAGUGCAAACUGCAGCGAGGGCAGUGGCUGCACCAGCUACCUCACCGUGAGUGACAUCCUGACAGUGGUGGAUACGGGCAGUGUGUCGUUUGUGUCAGUAACAGCCACCACCAAUGCAGUCUGCACCUGCUCAGCUCGGGAGCGAGUUCAUCACUCCUGCUCCUCCUACCCUCAAAGCCCUUGUCUCAAUGGUGGGGUUUGUAUUGACACUUUGAAUGGUUACAGAUGUCUUUGUCCUGCUUCAUUUCACGGACCAGACUGCCAGCAGACAAAGCACAGUUUCCAUGGAAAUGGUUAUGCAUGGUUUCGUCCCAUCAGGCCUUGUUUUGAAAGCUCACUCUCUCUCGAGUUUAUUACUGUGGUUCCAGAUGGACUUUUACUGUAUAGUGGUCCUUUAUCAAAUCCAGAACCUGGGAGCACAGAAAACUUCAUUGCAAUAG